AGUCUAGUCUACAAAUCGCUCUCUCUUUUUACCCUUAUCUCUCUAUGCAGCGUUAAUGUCCUCUGCAACUUGGUCUCUCUCGAUUUAUGGCCUUGUGAUUGAUAUCUUCUCGCAAUCUCCGUCUUCGGAGGUCAAAUGAUGGUUGGCAAUUUCGGUAAUUUUAUGAAUUGUUGAGACUCGUUCCGUGAUAUUUGGGGUCUAUAAAUUCGUCGAGAUAACUUCGUUUUCGAGUGUAAGAUUUUGGGUUCGCUCCAGUCUUCAAGUUCGCGGGAAGGUUUAUCUCUGGGUUAAAAUUUUUAAACAAACUCGCCAAGAUGCUGAGCUCUGUUGAUUGCAUUGUUGGAAAUGCCGCUAAAGAGAACACUUCUGAUUGAAGGAUGCAUGCAGUUUACUAUCAGUAGUAAUGAAGAACGGACAGUGUGCACAAGAAUUGCAAUCUUCCACUCAAGCUUCACAUGAGUCCCAAGCUGAACAGAAAAAUAACCAAUCAUUAGAUGCUCCUGUACAAGAUUCUGGUUCUGUAUCUGCUUCAAGCAAUGACAGUAGGAAAGUUUCAAGACAAGAUAUUGAACUUGUCCAAAAUUUGAUAGAAAGAUGUCUUCAGUUGUACAUGAAUAGAGAUGAGGUCGUGAAGACCCUCUUGACUCGGGCAAGGAUAGACCCUGGAUUUACAACCUUGGUUUGGCAAAAAUUGGAAGAAGAAAAUGCCGACUUUUUCAGGGCAUAUUAUAUCAGGUUGAAACUGAAGAAGCAAAUAAUUUUGUUCAAUCAUUUGCUUGAGCACCAGUACCAUCUCAUGAAAUAUCCUCCUGUACCUCCGAAAAUUCCUCUGGCACCGAUACAAAAUGGAAUGCAUCCCAUGGCACCUGUUAACAUGCCAAUGGGAUACCCUGUACUUCAACAUCCUCAAAUGCAUGCUCCAGGCCAUCCUCAUAUUGACGCUAUGGGAAUAUCAAGCUGCCAUGUUGUUAACGGAGUCCCUGCACCUGCGAAUUUCCAUCCGUUGAGGAUGAACUCAGCGAAUGAUAUGGUGAUCGAUACAACUGCGGAUGCUGCAAAUCCUCAAGUUAUUCCACCAAACAGUGGUGGGAUGUCUGAGAUGGCAGUGAGUCCAGCUUCCGUGGCAUCAAGUGGACACUUUCCAUUUGCUGCUUCAGACAUGUCGGGUAUGGUAAUGGACACUUCAGUGCUUGAUUCCGCGUUCACCUCUGAUGGAGGAGAAGGAGGAGCUGGGAAUCCCAGAGAUUCACUCAGGUCAUUUGAUCAGAUUCCCUGGAACUUUAGCCUUUCUGAUCUCACCGCAGAUCUGUCAAAUUUAGGAGAUAUGUAUAUUGCAGAUUUAGGAGCCUUAGGAAACUAUCCAGGCUCCCCUUUUCUUCCAUCUGAUUCAGAGAUUUUGCUGGAUUCUCCUGAACAAGAGGACAUAGAGGAGUUUUUCGUGGAUUCCGUGCCUGGACCUCCUUGUUCUAAUUCAGACGAAGAGAAGCCUUGAAUCGAAGGGAAUGGCCAUAAUCUUCUUCAGAUAAACACCAAGCACCUUAUAAAUAUAUAAAAAUUGAUGAUAUAAAUCAAAGUAAUAUGAAUAAGAGGGUUCGAAUGACGCUUGUAGUCUCUCUUUAAUUUACAAGAGUGAA